GGGAUGAAUUAGUGAAGAUGCUCCUAAGAAACCAAGGAAUACGUCAUUUAGAUGGAUUCUGUAGCAUUUACAAUUUUUCCAAGAGGUUUUCGUCCUUGCCAAAUGGGACUUCUUCUGGAGUUGAUGGGAAAGUUGGUUCCUCGGUUGGUGGGGUUAAUCAUGAUAAUUCUGGGAAAGUGGAGGGUGUGAGACAAGUAGUUGAUGUUGUGUGCCAAGUCCUGGAGGGUGGUCCUUGGGGACCUGCCCUUGAGAAUGCUCUGUCUGCACUUGACGAAAAACCUCAACCAGAAUUAGUUAUUGGAGUCUUAAGGAGGCUGAAAGAUGUCGGUCAAGCAAUUAAUUAUUUCCGCUGGUGUGAGAAACAAACAGAUCAAGCACACUGUCCAGAAGUGUACAACUCACUUCUCCUGGUCAUGGCCAGGAGUAGGAAUUUUAAGAGCUUGGAUCAAGUUCUGGAAGAAAUGAGUAUUGCCGGAAUUGGUCCAUCAAAUAAUGCAUGUAUAGAGUUAGUUUCAAGCUGUGUCAGGUCACAGAAACUGAGAGAAGCUUUUGAUCUACUGCAAACCAUGAGGAAGUUCAAAUUCUGCCCGGCAUUUUCAGCCUAUACAACUCUGAUUGGAGCUCUGUCGACAAUUCCUGAAUCUGAUCUAAUGCUGAAGCUCUUUCAUCAAAUGCAGGAGCUAGGCUAUGAAGUUACUGUGCAUUUAUUUACAACUCUUAUUCGUGUCUUUGCCAAGGAAGGCCGAGUUGACGCUGCCCUCUCCUUGUUGGAUGAGAUGAAGAGCAACUCUUGUAAUGCAGACAUUGUUCUUUAUAAUGUUUGCAUAGACUGCUUUGGCAAGGUGGGUAAGGUGGAUAUGGCCUGGAAAUUUUUUCAUGAAAUGAGAAUGAAUGGUUUGAUGCCCGAUGAUGUGACAUAUACGAGCAUGAUAGGUGUGCUCUGCAAAGCUGAGAAACUAAAUGAGGCUGUAGAGCUGUUUGAGGAGAUGGAUGCCAACAGGAAAGUACCUUGUGUGUAUGCUUAUAACACCAUGAUCAUGGGCUAUGGCUCUGUUGGAAAGUUUGAUGAAGCAUACAGCUUAUUUGAGAGGCAAAAAAAGAAGGGGUGCAUUCCGAGUGUAAUUGCGUAUAAUUGUGUUCUCACUUGCCUAGGGAAGAAGGGGAGAUCUGAAGAAGCGUUGAGGGUUUUUAAUGAGAUGAAGACAGAUGCAGCACCCAAUAUUUCAACAUAUAACAUUUUAGUAGACAUGCUUUGCAGGGCAGGUAAUGUUGAGGCCGCUCUGCAGGUUCAGGAUGAUAUGAAAGAAGCUGGCUUAUAUCCUAAUGUGAUGACUGCAAACAUAAUGAUUGACCGACUCUGUAAAGCACAGAAACUUGAUGAAGCAUGUUCUAUAUUUGAAGGAAUGGAUCAUAAAGUUUUCAUGCCAGAUGCAGUGACAUUUUGUUCUCUUAUAGAUGGCUUGGGAAGACGUGGAAGAGUGAAUGAUGCUUAUAGACUUUAUGAGAAGAUGCUAGAUUCUGAUCAGAUUCCAAAUGCUAUAGCUUACACAUCCCUCAUCAGGAACUUCUUCAAGUGUGGGAGGAAGGAGGAUGGUCACAAAAUAUAUAAAGAAAUGGUGCGUAGGGGCUGCUCUCCCGACCUGAUGCUCCUUAAUACCUACAUGGAUUGUGUUUUCAAGGCUGGUGAAACAGAGAAAGGUAGAUCUGUAUUUGAGGAGAUUAAGGCUAGAGGAUUCAUUCCUGAUGUGAGGAGCUAUUCAAUCUUAAUUCAUGGCCUUGUCAAAGCGGGUUUUGCAAAUGAAACCUAUAAAUUAUUUCAUGCGAUGAAAGAACAAGGUUGUGAAUUGGACACUCGAGCUUACAAUGCCAUCAUUGAUGGAUUCUGCAAAUGUGGAAAGGUGAAUAAAGCAUAUCAGCUUCUGGAGGAAAUGAAAAGUAAGGGUCAGCAACCCACUGUUGUAACUUAUGGUUCUGUGAUUGAUGGGCUUGCCAAGAUUGAUAGACUUGAUGAAGCGUACAUGCUUUUUGAAGAAGCAAAGUCGAAAGGAAUAGAAUUGAAUGUUGUUGUUUAUACUAGUCUUGUCGAUGGGUUUGGGAAGGUGGGGAGAAUUGAUGAAGCAUAUCUAAUCAUGGAAGAGUUGAUGCAAAAAGGUUUGUCACCUAACGUGUAUACCUAUAAUUGCUUGCUCGAUGCACUUGUUAAAGCUGGUGAAAUUGAUGAAGCAAUUGUAUCCUUUCAAUCUAUGAAAAAUAUGAACUGUACACCCAACCGUUAUACUUAUAAUAUUCUCAUAAACGGUCUUUGUCGAGUUAGAAAAUUCAACAAGGCUUUUGUGUACUGGCAAGAAAUGAAGAAACAGGGAAUAGAUCCCAACGCAGUCACCUACGCUACCAUGAUCUCUGGACUUGCAAACGCUGGGAACAUAAGGGAUGCUACUGGGCUUUUUGAGAGGUUUAAGGCUAGUGGUGGUAUUCCAGAUUCUGUUUGUUAUAAUGCUAUGAUAGAAGGUUUAAGCAGUGGAGAUAAGGCAAUGGAAGCAUAUGCACUUUUUGAGGAAACCCGGCGGAAAGGCUGUACUAUUAAUACCAAGACAUGUGUUGUUCUAUUGGAUGCGCUGCACAAAGCUGAAUGCCUUGAACAAGCAGCAAUAGUGGGUGCUGUACUGAGGGAAACUGCAAAGUCUCAGCAUUCAUCAAGAUCAUGGUGACAUUGGAUAUUCUGCAAUUUACUGGAGUGGGGUCACUAGUUGUGUCUCACUUGGUGGUAAAAAGGGUCUUCUCCUUCAUGCUGAUGGGCAGAUACUAGGAAAUGAAAGAUAUCUUGUCUGAAGUCUCCAUUCCAUCAACUCAAAAACAGAUUGGAGCGACUCCCUGCAAAGGUAGACUUUCAGUUGCUGGAUUCCAGGAAUCUGAGUAUUGACAGUAAGAACUGCAGUUGCAGAUAACAGCUGCAACCCUUAUUCCAUGGACAUGAGUUUGUGUCCAGAAGACGAGAACCAGUGGUGCUUGAUUUCAGAGCCUUUCUACUAAUUCUGGAUAUUAUUUGAGAAUAGCUGGUAGCAACAUGAAGUGCUCUGAAGCAACUGUAAAUGUAGAACUUCCUCCCAACCAUGCAGGACAAUUUUGUAUUUAUAUAUAUAUUCUUU